GGGAGCGGCGGUGGCGGCGCUUGGGAGCAUCAUGUCGAAGGUCACCUUUAAAGUGACGCUCACCUCGGACCCGCGGCUGCCCUACAAAGUGUUAAGUGUGCCUGAAAGUACACCUUUCACAGCUGUCUUGAAGUUUGCUGCAGAAGAAUUCAAAGUUCCUGCAGCAACAAGUGCCAUUAUAACAAAUGAUGGUAUAGGAAUAAACCCUGCACAGACAGCAGGAAAUGUAUUUCUAAAGCAUGGUUCAGAUCUACGGAUUAUUCCCAGAGAUCGAGUUGGGAGUCCUUAACAUCUCCUGAAAGCUUUGGAAUAAGUGACAUUGCCAUGCAGCAAAGGUCUAUUUAUUUUGGGACUCCAAAAUGCAACUAAUGAAUUGGCCUUUUUUAAAGCUAGCAAAAAUGACUUCCCAGGAUUUGAUUUUUUUUGAAACAGAGAUAAAGUUUCAUUUUAUUGUUAAAAUAUAUUAACUCAUGGAGUGAUUCUUCCCUGACUAGUAGAAGAAUGGGCUGAUUGCAUGUUAUGUUCCUGAAAGAAAGAUGGACUUCUCUAUAGGUGUUACUGACACCACAAGGGUAAACACACAGCCACGAUCAAUAGAUAUUUAAAAUAUUGGAUAUUGUUGUGCCUACUUUAUGGAAGGGGGAACUGUGUUAUGAUUUUGGUACAAAGAAAUUGUUCCUACUGAGUGCUAAAACUUUUUUUUUUCCUUUUUUUUUUCCUAAACUUACUUCCAUGUUUAGAGGAACAGUUUUCAUGUGGUUCAAGUAUUAAGCUCAAACAGAAGGGAAAUUUCAGGGGUUUAUUACUCAGAUAAGUAAAUAACUGCCAAAUGCUCCAAAGUAAUUGUAAGAUUUAAUUGCUGCAAAUAUUUUAGAUAAAGGAGAAAAAAGAGGUUUCUAUGUGUUAGAACUUCAUUUGACAUAUUGUGAAGUUAAAUUAAAUGCAGUUUCAGAGAAUUUAUGAGACCUAAUCUCCUCACAUGAAGUGCCAUCAACUGAGCAGCAUUGCAGUGUAAUUUGGGAAUGUGUAGGUACUGGUCAAAUAUGUCAUUCCUUUUUCAGUAAACUAAUAUUGGUUCUUUCUAAAAGUCUUGUUUUGUUACUGCGUGUUACAUGGGAAACAGCAUAGAAUUCACUGAAAUGUUUGUGUUCAGCUUAUAUGCUUCUUGUUUAUAAAUUGCCGGGGGUAAACUAUCAGUUGUGUAUUUUAAUUAGAGAAAUUGCUGCUUUUCUUGAA